UGUGUGUGUGUGUGUGUGUUCAUGCAGGACACAGCAGGGCAGGAGCGCUACCGUACCAUCACCACGGCGUACUACCGGGGCGCCAUGGGCUUCCUGCUCAUGUAUGACAUCACUAACCAGGAGUCCUUCAACGCCGUCCAGGACUGGGCGACGCAGAUCAAGACUUACUCGUGGGACAACGCUCAGGUGAUCCUGGUCGGUAACAAGUGUGACCUGGAGGACGACCGGAUCGUCCCCACGGAGGACAGCCAGAGACUGGCGGAGGAGCUAGGUUUCCAGUUCUUCGAGGCCAGCGCCAUGGACAACAUCAACGUGAAGCAGGUGUUCGAGCGUCUGGUGGACGUCAUCUGUGACAAGAUGAGCGAGACCAUGGAGGGAGACCUCAACCUCAUAACCAACCACAGGAACCAGUCGCUUAAAGACUCGCCUUCAGAGGGCCCCGGGGGCUGUGCUUGCUGAAUCACGUGCCCCAAAACACACACACACACACACACACACACACACACACACACACA